CUCCCGUUAUUAAGCUGGGGCGACGCCUUGCGCACCUGUCGUGCCCUCCCUUCCUUGCCUUGGCGGAUCAGGCGCUGACUGGACCAUGAGCAUCAGCUACUACCACCGCCCGGGGAGCCUGAGCUUCAGCAGCCACUCCCAGGGCUCCCUUCCUAACCGGGGCUCUUUGUACCGGGCCAGUCCGGGGGGCUUCCAACCGGGGUUGUACCGAGCAUCUUCCGGUGUCUUCCCUGGCUCCCCCCUUUCUGCUUCGCCCUCUUUCCUGCUCUCCUCGUUGCCCAGCUUAGAGAUUGACCCUAAAGUGCACCAGAUCCGAACAGAGGAGAAGGAACAGAUCAAAGGGCUCAACAACCAGUUCGCUGCCUUCAUCGACAAGGUGCGUAAACUAGAGCAGCAGAACAAAGUGCUGGAGACACAGCUGAAGCUCUUGAAGGGCCGGGACCAGUACAGAUCCAAUGUGGGGCAUAUCAUGGCAGCCCACGGUCAGCCCCUGAAGCAACAGAUUGAUGCACUGCAUCAGGACAAGCAGAAGCUGCAGAGUGAGCUGGACCACACGCAGGCCAUUCUGGAGGAACUGAAGAGCAGGUAUGAAGAUGAGAUCAACCGGCGGAACCAAUUGGAAAAUGAAUUUGUGGUGACCAAGAAGGACCUAGAUGAUAUCUACUUGCAGAAAGUGGAUGUUGAGUCCAAGCUUGAGAGCAUCUCCAAUGAAAUCAAGUACCUGAAACAGCUGUUUGAUGAGGAAAUCCGGGAAUUACAGUCUCAGAUUCAAAACACAAUGGUAACUGUGGAGAUGGACAACAACCGGGACUUGGAAAUGAAGCAUAUCAUUGAUGAGGUGAAGGCACAAUACCAGGUCAUGGCUGCCAAAAGCCGGGAUGAGGCUGAACAGUGGUACAAAAACAAGUUUGAUGACAUGACUCGGCAGUCUCAGAAGCACUAUGAUGAGCUGAAAGGCAUCAAGGGGGAGAUUGCUGAACUGAAUCGCUAUGCUCAACGUGUUAAUGGAGAAAUUGAGGCCUUGAAAAACCAGCGAGCUAAUCUGGAGAAUGCUGUGACAUCAGCUGAAGAGCAAGGGGAGCAGGCUCUGCAAAAUGCGAAGGGCACCAUUCAAGACCUUGAGGAGGCACUGAGGCGUGCCAAGCAAGACAUGGCCUGCAAAGUGCGAGAAUACCAAGAGCUGAUGAAUAUCAAGCUGGCCCUUGAUAUUGAAAUUGCCACCUACAGAAAAUUGCUGGAAGGAGAAGAGAACCGGAUGGUCAGCCAGGCUCCAAGUCAUCAGCUCAGUGCUAUUGACAAGCUAGAUUUUUAAACCCAUCCAUUGCUUAUGCAGCUGGGUUCCUGACACCAAGAAUGGCACAGUCUUCCUCCGACAAGGUCUCUGGGAAUACCAACAACAGUUCACUGAAGAGACCCUUGCUGAUCAAAACCAUUGAGACGAGGGAUGGGAAGAUCCUCUCAGAGGCCAGUCACUUGUCAGAGAAGUAGCAGCACAAGCCAAGGGGCAGUUGAUUUGAGUCCUCAAAAUAAACAAUUAUUUGAAAGCCUCUAA